UUGUUUACUUCCUGAGGCACAAAAUGUCAACCUACCAGAAACUAAUGAAGAUGUGGAACAGACAAGGUACUGGGCCUUAUUCUGAACUGAAUUGUUUCAUGACAUGAACAUAAUUUGGGAUUUGAGAUUUAAGUUUUUUUGUGUUUCAGAAGACGAUCAGUCUGAACAUCUGAUGAGACAACUUCUACUUGUUUUCUUCAUGGCAAUGAAUAGCCCCAUAAGAUGUUGGGGAAUAUCACUGAUGGAAACAUGUUUAAAUAACAAAACUGUAACUACCUAAGUCUAUCUUACAUACGCAAAAUCUGUAUGUUUUUUUUCAAUAUACUAUUUAAUCAUAUGCAGUACAAAGUGAUGAUAUUUCUUAAAUUAAAUGUAAUAAAAUGAUGACUCAUUUCACUACAUACUGAGGAUCCUGCUGUAACUAAUACAUGCGUACUUUGCUUCACACUCAAAUAGAUAAAAGUUAUUUUAGUGGUUAAGUGAGGUAAAAUAUUAACUGAUUUCAGCUGUAAUCCAGCGGCCCCUGGGUUUGUGAAAUACCAAAGGUUGCUUUGUCCGGGUAUGAGAGUCAGGUUUGCAGUUCACUUCUUUUUAUUGUACCGGCAUGAGCGAAUGAGGAUGGUAUUUUCUUUUUCUAUUUAAAAGGACGACAUUUUGCACACAGUGGGGGGCCACAAUGAGGUUUGAGAACAUUCUUGCUGAUAUUAAUGGAUUUGGAAGAUUUCAGAUAAUGAUUAUUGUGAUCAGUUUCAUUGGCCGCUUCACACUGCCCUGCCACUUCAUGCUAAACAACUUCAUAGCGGCUGUUCCCUCUCACCACUGCGACAUCAGCUCUCUGGAUGAGGGAGGUAUUUUUAGGAAUUUAACCCAGGCAGAGAGGCUUGCUGUUAGUAUUCCACUCCAGGAGGAUGGGACUCCAAACUCCUGUCAGAUGUUUGCAGAGCCUCAGUAUCAUCUGCUGCUCAACUCCUCCAACAUUACUGACCUACAAACGGUGCCAUGUCGGACUGGAUGGGUGUAUGAUAACACCACCUUCAAGUCUACUCUGACCUCACAGUGGGACCUGGUGUGUGAUAGAAGAGGGAAAAACAAAGCAACUGCUACCAUCUUCUUUGUUGGAGUGAUGUUUGGAGCCAUGUCCUUUGGAAGUCUGAGUGACAGGUUUGGCCGGAGGAUCAUGCUGCUGGUGUCGUAUGUGUCUGGAAUGAUCUUUGCUCUUGCAAGUGCUUUUUCUACAUCCUAUGUGAUGUUCGCAGUGCUGAGGUUCUUCACUGGGUUUUGCAUCACUGGCAUCGUUAUUGUCUCAACAGUCCUCAGUGUGGAGUGGGUGGACAUUGAGCACAGGAAACUGGUGGGAGUGAUCGACAGCUUAUCUUGGACAUUUGGGAACACAGUAUUCGCAGCAAUUGCCUACUUUGUGACUGAUUGGCGGUGGCUAAUUGUUAGCGUCUCCUCACCUCUAACCUUGGCCAUCGUAACCUGGAGGUGGAUGCCAGAGUCGGCAAGGUGGCUCAUUGCCAAUGGAAAGCUGGAGCAAGCUCAGAUGUAUUUGAAAAAAUGUGCCAAGAUGAACCAAACCGAGGAGUUAAUUCACACACUUAAAACAGAGACACUAUCCACUAUUGUUGUGACUGAGAAAAGAGAUCGGGCCUAUUCCUACCUCGAUCUGAUACGAACACCCAAAAUGAGGAAACUGGCCCUAUGUACUGGGAUAUUGUGGUUUUGUGUGGCAGCUACAUUUUAUGGCAUCAGCUUUAACAUCACAGGCCUUGGGCUCAAUAUAUAUCUCACUCAGUUUACCUAUGCUUUGAUUGAGCUCCCAGCCAAAGUAACAGUUUACUACUUACUGGAUAAGAUAGGCAGGCGAUGCACUGAGGUGGGAGCUCUGCUGAUGGCUGCCGUCUGUCUUGGAAUCAACAUUAUAAUACCUAAAGAUAUGUCUGUUGUCAGAACAGUGGUAGCAGUCAUUGGAAAAGGGUUUUCUUCAGCAUCCUUUGCAACUGUUGUGCUCUACAGUUCUGAGCUAUAUCCUACUGUAGUAAGGCAGAAUGGUAUGGGCUACAACUCCUUCAUGGCUCGACUUGGUGUAGCUGUGGCUCCUUUGAUCCUCUUACUGGAUGAGGUGUGGAAGAACCUGCCCCAGGUCGUCCUGUGCUCUGUGGCACUACUGGGGGGAAUAGUGGCAAGAACGCUGUCAGAGACACGCAACAGGUGCCUGCCAGAGACCAUAGAUGAUAUUGAACAGCAGUGGAAGUGAACAGCCACUGCAUAUUCAGUCAAGUGGUUAUUUUUAGUAGUUCAGUUUAUGCUUGAAGUAGAGUUACCUUCAGGUUUUAUCUAAUAUCCCCCAGGUUGGGAUCUACUGUUAUAAGGUGAAUUCUAUACUAUAUGAACAUUUGUGAUAAAAUAAAAUCUUUAAAUGAAAA